UGCGGUUCCUUCUCAGCUUUGCUGGCUUCCAGAUGAAACAGCCUGAACACACUCAGUUGAAUCUGAAUGGGAAAGUGUUGUGAGGAUCUGUGACAUGGAUAUACACGCGGUGAUGUUAUUAUUCCUGCUUACAGAGAUCCGUUCAUCGUGCUGUCAUCGGGCUCUGCAGCCUUUUAUGCCAAAUGUCUGCUCAGCACAAGAGAGAAUCAUCACAGCUGAGAAACAGCCAUGUGUAAUGGCUUUUACACACAUGGUGAAGGUUUGGAGGCAAGGAUGCACAGGUCAUGCUUGGUGUAUGGACUAUGAGAGGAGGAUUGCUUACUACAUAGGCUACAGGCCGGUCUACACACAAGAUUUUAAGACUACAUACAAAUGCUGUCCUGGAUGGUCCCAGCUCAAUACAGAGGCGGGCUGCCUCUAUCCUCUCUGCACUUAUGGUGUCUGCUUUAAUGGGGGUGUGUGUACAGGGCGCUUGAAUCAACUGUGUGACUGCCCCGCAGGAUUCAAUGGAUCCAGCUGUCAGUAUGGUGAGUACACAAGUUAUCUGAGCUUUGAACCACAGCUCUAUCUCAUUCUUAUAGUGCUCGGUGAAUGUCAGUUGGCGUGUGUGAUGAAUUUUAACCGACUGUGUUCCAUCAGUGUCACGAUAACACAAAUAAAAGGCUGUUUUUCUUCCUUCCUAUGAUACUCCUGAGAGAGAAUUCAUAAGUCAUGAGUGCA